GAGUCCUCCCCUCCGCUGAUUGGCUAAGACGCUCUGCAGUAGAGCGAACGUUCUAAUUGCACUUACUCCCGGGGACUCCAUCGGCAGCUCUUUUGUAUUAGUGAGUGAAUCUCUUCCCUUCCAAGCCCUUUGUAAGUUACUUUUUUUAAACGUAGAGCCAUGUCUUCUGAGGAAAGCAGCGAUGCAAAUCCUUCAGCUCCUGAGACCCAAGAGGCAGAACAGCAGAAUGCCAUCAGUCGGGUCGCAAACCUGCCACUGGUGAGCUCCACAUAUGACAUGGUGUCCUCCGCGUACACCUCCACGAAGGAUACCCACCCGUCACUCAAGUCCGUCUGCGACGUGGCCGAGAAGGGGGUCAAGACCCUCGCAGCCGUGGCUGUGACCGGCGCCCAGCCUCUGCUGACCAAGCUGGAGCCUCAGAUUGCGACAGCCAAUGAAUACGCCUGCAAAGGGCUGGAUAAGUUGGAGGAAAAGCUGCCCAUUUUGCAGCAGCCAUCUGAAAAGGUGGUGGCAGACACCAAGGAACUGGUGUCCACCAAAGUGACCGGAGCACAAGGCCUUGUCUCCAGCACUGUCAAUGGGACCAAGGAUGCGGUGAGCGGGGCGGUUGGCCUGGCCAAGGGCGCGGUGCAAGGCAGCAUGGAGAUGGCCCGCUCUGUGGUGGCCGGAGGUGUGAGCACCGUCCUGGGGUCCAGAGUGGGCCAGAUGGUGGCCACAGGCGUGGAUGCUCUCCUGGGCAAGUCUGAAGAGCUGGUGGAUCAUUACCUUCCUAUGACCGAUCAAGAGCUGGCUGCAUUGGCCACAUCUGUGGAAGGCUUUGAGAUGGCCACCGUGGCGCAGCAGAAGGAGCAGCGGAGCUACUUCGUGCGUCUGGGCUCGCUCUCAGCCAAGCUCCGCCACCGCGCCUACGCACAGUCCUUGGCAAAGCUACGGGAGGCCAAGCAGGGCACCCAGGAUGCCCUGGCCAAGCUGCACCAGACCCUUGAACUGAUGGAACACGCCAAACUGGGGGUGAAUCAGAAACUGCAGGGCAGUCAGGAGGAGCUGCAACAGAUGAAUCUGGAGUCGAACCAGAAGCAAACUGGGAGCGAAGAGCAGGCGGAGGAGCCCUUGGCCCAGCCAGAGGUUGAGUCCCGGACUCUUGCCACCUUCCGCGGCUUGACCCAGCAGCUGCAGCAGUCCUGCUCCACCCUCGCAGCCCGCGUCCAGGGCCUCCCCUCCAGUGUCCAGGACAAGGUCCGGCUCCUCCGCAGCACCGUGGAGGACCUCCAGGCCUCCUUCUCGGGGGCCCAUUCCUUCCAAGAGGUGCCCGCUGCCCUCUUGGUCCGCAGCCGUGAGCGCAUUGCUGGGGCCCGGGGCUCCCUCGAGGAGAUGGUUGAGUAUGUGGCCCAGAACGUCCCGUUGCCGUGGGUGGUGGGGCCCUUUGCCCCGCGCCUGGUGGAGCUCCCAGAUGCCCCGCCAAUACAGGAAGAACCCUCUGAAAAGAGUGACCAGGAAGCCGAACCAUGCUGUCUUUUGACCUCCCUCCCCGAAACCAUGGCCACCCCGAACAAAAGUGCCAGCGAGAACAAAAGUGCCAGCGAGGCUCCAGCCGAAGAGCAGGAUCCAAAAAAUGUGGCCGACAGAGUGGCCAGCCUUCCUUUGCUGAGCUCAGCCUACGACAUGGUCACUUCGGCCUAUGCCUCUACCAAAGAGAGCCACCCCUAUGUCAAGUCAGUCUGCGAUGUGGCCGAGAAGGGGGUCAAGACCAUCGCCUCAGCUGCGGCCACUGGGGCGCAGCCCAUCCUGAGCAAACUGGAGCCGCAGAUUUCGACGGCCAACGAAUACGCAUGCAAAGGACUGGACAAAUUGGAGGAGAAGUUGCCCAUUCUCCAACAACCAACAGAUAAGAUCAUUUCCGACACCAAGGAGCUGGUGACCUCCACCGUGACAGGGGCCAAAGAUGCCCUCAGCAGCACCGUGUCCGGGAUGGUGGAUAGAACCAAAGAGGUGGUCUCAGGUGGCGUUGAGCUGACUCGUGCAGCGGUCUCCAGCGGCAUGGGGAUGACCCAGUCGGUGGUCUCGGGUGGCAUGGAGAUGACCCGCUCCACCAUCUCUGGCGGUGUGGAGAUGACCCGCUCAGCCAUCUCCAGCAGUGUCAACACGGUGGGGCACAUGAUGUCCAGCAGCGUCGAUGCUGUCCUUGGGAAGUCAGAAGAGCUGGUGGACCGCUACCUUCCCGUCACAAAUGAAGAGCUGGCCAAACUGGCCACGUCCAUGGAAGGUUUCGAUAUGGAGCGUCAGAAAGCACAGCAGAGCUACUUUGUCCGCCUGGGGUCCCUUUCGGCAAAGGUCCGCCACCGCGCCUAUGAACACUCCCUUUCCAAGCUGAGCAAUGCCAAGCAGCACACCCAAGAUGCCCUGGCACAGUUACACCAAACAAUCGAGCUGAUUGAGCAAGUCAAGCAGGGCAUGGACCAGAAACUCCAGAGCAGCCAAGAGAAGCUCCAUCAGAUGUGGCUUCAGUGGAAGCAAAAGCAGAACCCUGAGGCCAAACAGGAGGAGAUUCCAGAACCAAAGAUUGAGACUCAAGCUUUGGAGGUGUCCCAGGGGCUCUCCAACCAGCUCCAAAUGGCCACUGCGGCCCUGGUCUCCAACCUCCAAGGCCUCCCCAACAGCCUCCAGGAGAAGGUCACCCUCGUCCGCCAGCAUGCAGAGGACCUCCGGACGUCCUUUGGGUCGGCCACAUCUCUGCAAGACCUCUCCAGCUCCAUCUUGGCCCAGAGCCGAGAGAAAGUCACCAAGGCCCGAGAGUUGACCGAAGAGCUGGUGGACCACCUGAUGCAAAACGCUCCUCUUUCCUGGCUGGUGGGGCCCUUCACCCCAUCCAGCAAGGCUGAGGUGGAAGAAAUUGAGAUGGAAUAGGACCUCUUCUACUAUUCCAUGGGUUGGGUGGUGGAGAGCAGAUCUUGCUUACCAAAAUCCACUUUAAAUGGGAAUAUUGGGGUUAGGAAAGCUUAUCAUUUCCCUCCGUCUGUCCAAAUGUGGUCUCCUUGGAUCUCAAAUUCCGGUAGACCUCCAUAAACACUUCCAUGAUCAAUAUCCAGGGUUGGAAAACCUUAUCUUGGAAGGAGUUCCAUCUUCAUUUCCUUCCGUUUCUCCAUACUUGGUCUUCUUGGAUCACAGGUUUUGGUAGACCUCCAUAAACACAUCCACGAACACCUCCAUAUCAAAGAGGUGUCUUUUCUUUUCUGUUACCCAAUUCACACUCACGUUAUGGCCAUUUCUAACCAUUCUGGUGACUUGAAAUGCAGGUACCAAUAAAUCUAUCUGCAGCGGUGAACCCACUGCAUGGUUUCAAGACUCUUAAGAGCAUCCUCCACGGUCUUAAAUACCUUAGUCGCCUUGGAGAACUUUUAAGAAAGUUGCAAAGGAUUCAGCUGCUGAUCCUAAUUGGGUAACAUUUUGGGCUACUUUGGGGCCAUUUUCGGAUUGAUUUGGAGGUCAGCUUCCUUCUGAGUUUGUUCUCAAAAGGCUUACCUGAACUUGAUGUGAGAAUUAGCACUCUUGGCCAAGAUAGCAAUACUUUUUGUUGGUGUAGCCAAUUUAACUGCCUUCUUAAUAUCCUUGUGAGACUAAAGUUUGAAACAAAAGCAAAAUUUCAAGCUAACCACCUCUAUUCAUACAGUAGCCAUGCUUUGGCUAUCUUAAAAAACAAAAGUGAUGAACUCUUACAGGAUUGUGGAUGCGGAUUGAGAGGGGAAAUCUGAAAUGUAACCAUUGUCUCCUAUAAUCCAGCAUUUUCCUAAGUAUGCAAUUGCCAAUGUAUUUUGAAACUUGGCUCCUGUUUUUGCUUUCCGCCCUGUCCUUUAAUUCCCAAAUAAACCACUUUGCAUGGUAA